UAAUCCCUCAAAGGAGCAUGACGGAAGGAACUAGGACAUUUCUUGAACACAACAUUGCUUCAGGACUAUCAGAGAGGAGGCCAUUCUUGCUCGGUCAAGUUUUAUUCCACAGGGCCUCCAUACAACUGCUUAGCCUCUUCUGCCAGGUCAGUGGAGCAGCUGACGGACACAGGGACCAGAGAAGUCUACUCACGAAGCUGUUUGACGUUGUGAGCCACAGCUUUCCUGAAAGAUUCAGCCCUGAUGGAGGCUGGAGAGCCUGACCAUGGAGCAUCUGCACCCAUUUCUGCCGUAGAAGAAGUUCAGGCGAUCCCUGAAGCUAUCAUGAGGAGCAGUCAGAUCCCUGCCUUGGAGCCCGAAGCUCAAGAAGGCCAAGACCCAUCCUACAAGUGGGCAGAUGGACACAGACCCUUGAUGAACCAUCCGAAAGAGUUAAGGGACAUGAGUGACCACACACCUGAUAGCAUGGGGUUUUUCUUAAAGGAAGUUUCUUCAGAUGUGGAGGCCAACCAGGAAAUCCUUGUGGCCGAGGCCUGUGACACUGUAGAUCAGCGGGAACCAGUAUCCCAGAACCUUAAAGACAGACUGUCGAGAACAAUAGCUGUCCCUGAGCUCCUGGCCUGUGCUGUUCAGGAAGAAUGGCUAGACAUUUCCAGCAACGUGAACAGCAGAGUGGAGAUAGAAUUGCAGCCAGAACUCAUGUCUUUGGCAUUGGCAAUUAGCAAAGCAAAAGAAGAAGAAAGGUCUCCAGGCCCCUCUCUCCCUAGAGGAUUUUGGCCUCCCUGCACAAAGCACCCUGGUGAGACUGAGGGCCAUGGGAGUGACCAGCUCAAGCAGGGGAAACAGCUGCAGCUGGAAGACACACAAGAAAAGCAAGGGCAAGGACUCCUCCAACCCCAGGAGGCCCAGGGACUGGAGGAGCAGGAAGGACAGGAAGUGGAAGUUGAGGAGGAAGGAACUCUGAGGGAAAACAUUUGCACUGAUGGGCUUCCUGGGGAGCAGGAAGAGGAGGAAGAGGGGGUUAAUGGCAGUGAGGAAGAACAGAAAGAGGAACAGGUCCAAAACCAUGUAAUGCUUGGAGGACAAAGGGAGAGCAGUGAGCUCAGUGGGGAGUUGGAGGGUCUGGAUUCCAGGGAGUGGGGUCAAGAGGACAGGCGCGGGAGGGAUCCAGAAGAGGAGGGACAGGACAGGGGAUGCAGGGCGGUGGAAGGCAGGCGGGGGGCUGCUCAGUCUGCAGAGAAUCAAAGGUUAGUGGAGAAAUCAGAGGGUGUGAGUGGAAAGCAGGAAAAUCAUGGUGGCACAGGAAAAGCAGUGCCAGCAGAGGACCAGGAGGAGGUCGUAGCCUCAGGUGAGGGUGGGCAGGCAGCAGAGGAAGGGAGAACAGAACAGGACAAGCAUUGUCCUCCGGUGGUUCUCGUAGCUCCUGAGGUUCUGUCGUCAGGUACAUUGUUUCCAGGCGUCUCUUGCCCUGUGGCUGAUAUUCCUGGGGUUCAGAGGGAGCCCGUUCCCCAGGAACUGAUCCCCCAAGUUCUGACUCCUGCACCAGAGCCAAUAGAGUGGUCUCUCCAACCCAUUUCUCCACCUGACUCUUUUGCUACUGAAGAACCCUUGGAUGAUAGGACUCACAACAGCCGGCAAGAAGCCGGGGUGAGGAAGGAGACAGUGUCCAUCCAGGGGACUGAUGUUGUCUCUGCUAAUAUAGCUAUGACUCCUCCAAGGACACCCAAUUCAGCUCCUUCCAGUCCUGCUGAAGUCUUACCAAUCACUGCCACCUUGUCACCUGUUAGCUCUCCAAUUGUCCUUCCUGGGAAGGACACCCUAGCAGCCUCUCUCUCAACUGACACACCGCCUCAUUGUGGGCCAUUUGAGACUCCUCCAGUACCUGCAAAAACUACCAAGGACCCAUGUGGUACCUUUGACAAGGGCAACCCUCACAACCCUCUCACCAGCUAUACUGGAGCCACCCAACAUCUAAGAAGUAACUCGUUCCCAGGCUUUCACAGGACAGAACAGACUCCAGACUCUGUGGGAAUGUCUUUUUCUUUCACUCAUUUGGAGUUACCGCAGAGGCCCCCCAAACCCGCCAUCUAUGGCUCUUUGAUCCCGAGGAGAAACAGAAGAAGUAGGGACGGCAUCGUCUUUUCAGAAUCCUCUGCUGCUUUCCUUGGUGUGAGACAGGACUCUGAAGAAUUCCCUUCAAAUCCAGACAGGCCGAGCGAUUCUUGCGCUGGUCAGCUGUGGGGCUCCCCACAGCACUCAGCCUUUGCUGUAGGUUCUCCGGUGAAUGUUUCUUCUCCACCCACUGUCUCCAUGGAUACGAGGACACCUGAAGCUUUGCCCCCUCCUCCCCCAGAAAAGAGACAUAGCUAUAGCUCCUCAGUAGAGAGAGAUGGCCAUCUUCAUGCAGGAGCCCCCACACUGAAGCGACAUAGUCAUCCUCCUCCAUUGGCCCUGAGUUCGGGGGUACAUGGAUCUCCUAGAGGCCCAUUUCCCCUAGUUCCUGAGUCUGUUGUGGCAAGACAGCACCGCCCUCUGCCAUCCACCCCAGAAAGUCCCCACCACACUCAGGCUUCCAUCUCAAGGCCGAGAUACAACAAACCAUUACCCCCAACUCCCUAUGAGCCUGAGCACAAUUCUCCCAUCUCCCCCUCUAGUAUACCAAGGAUAUACAGGCCUCUACCUCCAGUCCCUCCCUCUGAACCACCGCCAUUACCCCCGAAAUCCAAGGGGAGGAGCAGGAGUAUCCAGGGGGGAGUUAUACAUUCAGGGGAUCAAGCCAAACCAAGACCCACUGGCCAAGACUGGCCAGUCUCCACUCUCUGUGCUGGACGGACCUCCUGGCCCCCGGCCGCAGGAAGAUCAACAGAAUCUUUGGCUCCCACCAGUAGGUGUAACAGUGAAGUGUCCCCUGGCCUGGCUUUCAGCAACAUGACAAACCUUCUAAGUCCCUCUUCCCCUACCACUCCCUGGAUCCCGGAACUUCAGAGACCUGCCGGUAAAGAUGAGUCAGGGCUCACUGAGGAAUCUGAGCCCCCAGUGAGAGGAUCUUUCAGGAGAUCAGCCCCUCAGGAGGGUUGUAGUGACACAUGGAGGUCAGCUUUAGCACCAAGAAAGUCAGAAAAACUCAAUCACCACCAACUGGAGAAGACGUCCAGCUGGCCCCAUAGGCAGGACCCAGUGAGAACAGAGAGUGUCAGUGAACAGGCUGUUGGCCAGGCAUCUACCAAGCACAAGGGCUGGAACCGGCAAGGCCUGCGGAGACCUUCUCUCUUGCCCGAGAGCUCUUCAGAUUUAAGAAGUCCAGGCAUGGGAAGACCUCCUAGCUCUUCGGAUUCUGUUGUUUUCCGGGAGAAGAAACCAAAGGAAGGGAUGGGAGGCUUUUCAAGGCGUUGCUCCAAGCUCAUCAACUCCUCCCAGCUACUUUAUCAGGAGUACAGUGAUGUUGUUCUGAACAAAGAGAUCCAGAGCCAGCAGCGACUAGACAGCCUGGCUGAGGCACCUGGACUCUCUUCCCCCCGGCAUCGGCGAAAGGCAGUGGUGCCCUCAGACUCCUAUCUGCAGCGUCUGUCCAUGGCCUCCAGUGGCUCUCUCUGGCAGGAAAUCCCUGUGGUUCGCAACAGCACUGUGCUGCUCUCCAUGACCCAUGAAGAUCAAAAACUGCAAGAGGCCAAAUUUGAGCUGAUUGUGUCAGAGGCAUCUUACCUUCGCAGUCUAAACAUAGCUGUGGAUCAUUUCCAACAUUCAGCCCAACUCCGGGCCACCCUGUCCACCCAGGAUCACCAGUGGCUCUUCUCUCGUCUACAGGACGUGCGCGAUGUCAGCACCACGUUCCUUUCCGACCUAGAAGAAAACUUCGAGAACAACGUCUUCUCCUUCCAAGUCUGUGAUGUUGUUUUGAAUCAUGCCCCAGAAUUCCGCCGAGUCUACCUGCCUUAUGUCACCAACCAGACCUAUCAGGAGCGCACCUUCCAAAGCCUAAUGAACAGUAACAGCAGUUUCCGAGAGGUCUUGGAGAAGCUGGAGAGCGACCCCAUCUGCCAGCGCCUGUCUCUCAAGUCCUUCCUGAUACUGCCCUUCCAGCGUAUCACCCGUCUUAAGUUGCUGCUCCAGAACAUUCUGAAGAGAACGCAGCCUGGCUCCUCAGAAGAGGCAGAGGCCACAAAGGCACACCAUGCCCUGGAGAAGCUGAUCCGAGACUGUAACAACAAUGUGCAGAGGAUGCGGCGGACAGAGGAGCUCAUCUACCUGAGCCAGAAGAUUGAGUUUGAGUGCAAAAUUUUCCCGCUCAUUUCCCAAUCUCGAUGGCUGGUGAAGAGUGGGGAGCUGGUGGCCCUUGAGUUCAGUGCCUCCCCAGGGCUGAGGAGGAAACUGACCACUCGUCCAGUCCACCUGCAUCUCUUCAAUGACUGUCUGUUGCUGUCCCGACCCCGAGAGGGCAGCCGGUUCCUGGUGUUUGACCAUGCUCCAUUCUCCUCCAUUCGAGGGGAGAAGUGUGAAAUGAAGCUGCACGGGCCUCACAAGAACCUCUUCCGUCUUUUCCUGCUGCACAACACACAGGGCACCCAAGCUGAAUUCCUCUUCCGCACUGAGACUCAAAGUGAAAAGCUUCGGUGGAUCUCAGCCUUGGCCAUGCCCAGAGAGGAGCUGGACUUGCUUGAAUGCUAUGAUUCCCCACAAGUUCAGUGCCUCCGAGCCUACAAGCCCCGCGAGAAUGAUGAGUUGGCCCUAGAGAAGGCGGAUGUGGUGAUGGUGACUCAGCAAAGCAGUGAUGGCUGGCUGGAGGGUGUGAGACUCUCAGAUGGGGAGCAAGGCUGGUUCCCUAUCCAACAAGUAGAGUUCAUUUCAAAUCCAGAGGUCCGUGCACGGAACCUUAAGGAGGCCCAUCGUGUCAAGACUGCCAAACUGCAGCUGGUAGAACAGCAAGUCUAACUAUUCUCAGUGAAGGAUCUUCUGAGCUCACAAACAAGCAUUCCUGGAGAUGCCUGGCCACAGAAACCUGUUGUAGAGGCCUUUGGUGGACCAGGAGUUUGGCCUUCUGAAAGCCCAAGGACUAGCUCAGUCCCUCGCUCCAGUACUUCUUUGCAUUGUGUGCAUGGUAGGGAAUAUUAAGUGACUUCACACUGGAUUCUGGGAUCCUUUCUUCAUAGGAAAAGGGACCUUGGGGCCUAUGUCUAGGCUUGUACUGCCAGAUGGUUCUUAUACAUCAUCUGCUGCCCCAGUGCGGAUGCAAAGCUGGCUGUGGACAUGGUAUCAGAUGGACCUCAGCCCACUGGAGAGCGGGCUUUAAUGGGGAUUAGCACGUGAGGUGGGAGGUGAACCUGGUGACCUCCCUUGUGUCUUCCCAUCUGGACAUCUCCUUGGUGCAUGGGCCCCUGAGGUCUUUGUUUCCCGGUGGCAAUGUGAGGGUGGCAUUCUCUCACUCUAAUAAACUUGGCACUUCUCUGAG